AGCAUAUUCGGCUAGUGUGAGUGCUGACAAAAAAUAAGAUAUCAGUGCAAGUGAUUCCCAAGUUUAGUUCGUCCUAAAUCCUUCGUGGAGGUGGACGCUUUUCUAUGGAAAUCAGUCCGGGAUAAAUUUUUGUCUUCAGUGUUCAUCAGGAAUUUUGCAACAAGAUAACAGCUAAUAUCAACAUCGACGAUGUCACAAAGGGGAGGUGGAAGAGGAAGAGGCCAAGGGAGAGGUGGCCAAGGUGGUCAAGGCAGAGGUAGAGGUGGGCCACAAGAUUCUCAAGGUAGAGGAAGAGGUGGUCACCAGGAUAAUCGAGGUAGAGGAGAACGUGGUAGAGGUGGGCAUGGGCAACAAACUCCUGGUGGUGGUGCUCCACCUCAAACACAGCCACAACAAGCACCUCCACAAGGUGCUUGGGGUCAACCACGGCAACAACAACCGCCUCCGCAACAACAACAAGCUCCUCCGCAGGGUGCUUGGGGUCAACCACGACAACAACAACCGCCUCCACAGCAACAACAAUUUCCUCAACAACAGCAGCAACAUCCCCGACAGCAACAACGUCCCCCACAACAACAACAGCAGCAGCAGAAACGUCCUCAACAACAACAACCUUCUGCUAGUGGUGGUAGUGGUGAACCAUCUACCAAAUCUUCCCCCGCGUCAGUCCCAAGUGCAGGUGGCGGAGAUGCAUUCAAAAAGCGCGAAAUCAUUGCAAAAGGUGGCACUCAAGGUCGAAGGGUAGAGGUCUACACAAAUCAUUUCGCUAUGAACUUCAGAGAUAUAAACCAAACUGUCUACCAAUAUGAUGUAGUCAUUGACCCAGACAGACCUAAGAAACAAAUGAGAAAAGUAAUGGAACAUUUCAAACAGAAACACUACCCAAACAUUAAUCCAGCUUUUGACGGAUCAAAAGCGCUUUUCAGCGUAAAACAAUUUCAAUUUGGAGAGUCAAUUGAAGAUACCGUCAGUGUAAUGCUAGACGACCGCGCCAAAGAAUACAAGGUGAAGUUGAAGCUGGUGCAGAACAUAAACAUGGGAGAAUUGAAGAAAUUCUACGAGCAAUUCCGCAAUGGAAUCAUCACUGAUGCACCGCAACUGGUACUGCAAGUCAUUGACGUCGUCUUGCGCCAUUCGCUCUCCCUGCGUCAGAUUGUCGUUGGUAGUUCAUUGUUUACUCCGCCAACAACCGACAGAACUGUUAAUUUGGGCGGUGGAAUGCAUUUGUAUCGCGGUAUGUAUCAGUCCGCCAUUUUGGGCUGGCGUCCAUUCUUGAAUGUCGACGUUGCGAACAAGGCUUUCCCCAGCGCGUCAAAUAUCAUUGAUUUGAUCCGGGAGUUUGGAGGUGAUCCUCAAGGCCAACUGCCAUAUUAUGUCACCGAAAAAUUGCAGAAACAUCUGAAGACUCUUAGGGUUCAGUAUGAAAUCCCGAGAAAUUCAUCUUCCAGGCGUAAUUAUCGCGUCAAUGGAUUAAACUCGACCGCAUUGGAGCAUCGUUUUGAACAUGAGGGUAACACAAUUGAUGUGGCAACCUAUUACAAAAACAUUAAGGGUUAUCAAAUUCGAUUCCCGCAACUGCCCCUAUUGUGGGUCGGCUCUACGCAGAAUCGUGUUCUUGUCCCGGCUGAAUUGUGCACAGUCUUGCCCGGUCAACCUGUAAAUCGCAAAUGCGAUGCGAAUCAAACACGUAAUAUGAUCCGCGAAUGCGCAACGCAUACAGACGUACGCAAGGGUAACAUUAGUCACAACGUCGCGAACGCACGCUAUAACACUGAUCCAGUCGUGCAGGAAUUUGGCUUCUCUGUCAGUGAUCAAAUGGAGAAGGUUGAGGCACGCAUUCUGAAUCCACCACGCAUCAAGUACAAAAACAAUGCGGUGGCACCCGUGGGGAAGGGUGUGUGGACCGGCCGCGAGUUUAUGGUCUCUGGCGUGAUUAAAACCGGAUGGACGGUGUUGAAUCUGGAGCGGUAUGUGAAGCCGCAAGAUGUGCAGAAUUUGAUUCGUCAGGCCGAGACGUGCGGCAAACAAUUGGGAAUGAACAUGGGCGGGUAUCAGGCGUAUUCGAAUCGUGAGGUGCAGUUGCGACGCAACCGGGAGAAGGAGGACUUGGAGGCGAUUUUCCAGGAUGUGAAGAAGCGCGGUCUGGACCUGGUGUUUGUUAUCUUGCCGGGUAACAACGAUAGAGUCUAUAGUUUUGUCAAACAUGCCGCUGAGAUUGCCGUGGGAUGCUUGACGCAAUGCAUUAAGGGUCAGACGCUGCAGAAACGCAUGAAUGACAUGACGAUGAAGAAUAUUUUACUCAAAGUUAACGCCAAGUUAGCGGGAUCGAAUCAUUUCUUCGAGACGCUGCCUCAAGUCAUGAGGGAUAACUAUGUUAUGCUGAUGGGCGCGGACGUUACACAUCCGAGCCCGGAUGUGAAAGAUGGCUUCAGUGUGGCGGCGGUUACGGCAAGUCAUUGCCCGAAUGCGUUUGGGUACAAUCUCUGCUGGCGUCUGCAGAAACCCGGCCAGGAGAUAAUUCUCGAUAUGGAGGAUAUCACUCGUCAACAUUUGAUAAGGUUUUAUCAACAGAACAAGAAGAUGAAACCGGAGAAAAUUAUUGUAUUUCGCGAUGGUGUCUCCACUGGUCAGUUUGAGGCGGUUUUGCAGGCGGAAAUGCAAGCUAUUCGCAGGGCAUGCACAAAACUAGAGCCGAAUUACAAGCCAGCGAUUACGUUUAUUGUGGUACAGAAGCGCCAUCAUACACGGUUCUUCCCGGUUGACAAGCGCAUCAGCGAGGAUAGGAACUGCAAUGUUCCGGCUGGAACGAUUGUGGAUAAGUCUAUUACCCAUCCGACAAGACAAGAUUUUUACUUGGUGUCGCACGCGAGUAUUCAGGGUGUCGCUAAGCCGACGAAGUAUGUUACGCUUUGGGAUGAUAGUCUUAUUUCGGAUGAUCAUCUUGAGGAGUUGACUUAUUACUUAUGUCAUAUGUUUUCGCGUUGUAAUAGAUCUGUAAGCUAUCCGGCGCCGACUUAUUAUGCGCAUUUGGCUGCUGCUCGGGGUAAAGCGUAUUGCGAUGCGAAAGGCAAUAUUAACACGAAUAAUUUGGAGCAGGAGCAACGCUUAUUGAAGAUUAAGGAGUGUAUUAUUGAGCAAUUGCCAAUGUUUUUCGUUUAGGUUCACUUAUAUUUAAACGCAAUUUAAUUUGUAAAAGUUUUUUUAUGUAGAAGAAGUGCUUAUUUUCAUGGGGAUUUAAAUUGCGAGACUUGCGCAAAUAUUCAUUUGUUAGCUUCCGAUAUAACCUAACAUUUUUAAAGUUGAUAUGAGCAGAUUCAGAAAGGUUUUUGGACCCUUAUACGAUACGUUUAAUAAAAUUUCUACCAGGAA